UUCAUGCCACAAUCUUUUUUUUCUUUUUCCUGUAACUAACACUCAUUAUACCCUCUUUGCUGCUCUUUCAGUAACUUGACCGUGUUUGUUUCCUUGGAAAAGCUCUAAUUUUUUUUUUGGUGUUCUUCUUUACAUUAAUAUAAAUAGGUGAAUAAUGAAAGGGACUCAAAAGACGCAUUUCAAACCCACAAACAUUGAGCUCCUCAACAUCCUUGAGGCAAGAAUCGUAAGAGACGAAAGAUGUAGUUUCAUAACCGACAUGCAGAGUCUGUACGAGAGAGAGCCGUGGCUUCUACAGCACGUAAGACAUGUUACGUUCAAAGACAACGAAUGGUUUUACUUCGUGAGGAGGAAUAAACGUCCAGGGAUGACAGCUGACUCGAAGAGACCGAGCAGAAAGGUUGCUGAGUCAGGUAUGUGGAAGACGACUGGUAUGGUGAUUCAGGUAAAGAAUCAAGAUGGAGUUAUCGUCGGUUGUAGGAAGAAUAUAAGCUUCAAAGCCGAUUGCGAUACAGUGAAAGAUGGGAUCACGACUGGUUGGACGAUGCAUGAGUUUAUUUUAGAUAGACCGUGGUUUCAAGAAGUGGUUCUCUGUAGAAUCCGGUUUUUUAAGCGUAAAGACAAUGCUCAAUAUGCUCCAAGAUUCUUACCUAUAGUGAUUGGACGUGAACGGGAAGACAGUAUUCAUCAUGGUGUCGCUGCUGCUGAUGAAGAACUUCAAUACGUGGACGCUCCGGUGGAGACUCAUCAAGAUCAAGGCAUGGAGCAGUGGACUGGAUCUUGUUCUCAUGAGGUUGCCUCAUACUUGGCUAGUCAGCAGAUUAGGGCACAAGACUUAAACUAUCCAAUGUUGAAUGGAGGCAUGAUGCAGCAUCAAGACUUUGGGCAAUAUGGUCAAGGUUUAGGACAAGAGACGACGGAUUCUCUGCAGGUUCCAAUGAUGAUGAGUCAAACCUUCAACGAUAGACAACAGUGGAAUGGGUAUUCUGGUUCAUCCUCGGCUAAUCAAGACAUGGCUCCAGUGACACAAGACAUGGCUGUUCAAGGUCAACAACUAUCAGUGAAUGGAAGCAUGGAGCAACACCAAGACUCUGGUUCUUUUGGUCAGGUAUCAGGAAAACUUUUAGGUCAGCAGCAAAAUCAUAUUCGUGGAGGACAAGCAAGCUCUGUCUCACUUAUGGGGGACCACCAGCAGCAAUGCCAGAACCUUUUUGGGGGACAUGUGACGGAUCCUUCACACUCGGCUCAAGCCAAGGAGCAGCAGCAGGAACUGAAUGGGUAUUUUGGUCAAUACUCAGUUCAACCAUAUGAUCAAGGCAUGAUGGAGAAUCAUGACUUUGGCUCUUCUGCUCUAGGUUUUGGACAGAAUAAUGAUCUCUCAGCUCCCAUAGAACUUGUUUCUCAGCAAAAAGAUUUGGGAGAAGACUCAAACUUAUCUCUUACUCAACAGCAAAACCAGACGGUUCCUACGAAGACUCAACAACUACAGCGUGGCAGUGUCACUGAUCAGCUACAUACUGAGGCACAAGACAAUGUUCCUUUGAUUAAUCAAACCAUGGAAGCACAAGCCACAGGCCUUCCAGCGAACCAAGGUAUAGAUGAGUCACAUGGAGGCAUUGUUGGCUCUCCUACUUUUAGCCAAUUGUAUCAAGAACUUCUUGGAGAGGAAGAGAUGGAUUCAGAGAUGGAUGACAUUAGGAAUGACUUUUUGAAUGAGGAAUGGGUUCAAAAGCUUGGUAAAAACACACCAGAGGAAGAAGCUGAGUUAAUGGAUGAUUCCACAAACUGUGAAACUUUUGAGUCUUUCUUGGACUCCUUAUUGUCCAAGUAAAAACAAUGUAGUUUAAAAUUCCUUAUCAUUCAUGGAUUCAUGACUCAUUAGCAGUUUGAAUAAACUAAAAAAACUUUUGUGUUUAUGUGAUUUAGGUUUGACAAUAUGUCCCAUUACAUCUAUGUGAAUGUCAAUUAUACUUGUCGAACCAUACCAAUAUUUUUUUAAAAGAAUGUUAAACUUAUUCAAGCAAAAAAAAAAUCUUUUUUUAUAUUUGUUGUUGCAUUGUAUCUAAGUUUUUGUUUAGAAAUAAAGCACUAUCUUUUCUCUGUGUUGUGUCAAACCGGAUCAGUAUUUAGUAUGGUUGGUUAAUGAAACAGAGCACUAGUGUUGUUCUUAGAACUAAGUGCUGAAAUGUACAAAGCUGGGGUUUCAGAAACAUGGAAGCUUACAUUAUAUUUGCCUUAGCAGAAUUUCUAUGGUUCUCUCAGGACAGAACCUGGCUUGGCUUCACCAUUGCCUCUCUUCAGUCCCUUGCCAAA